UAUAAAUAACUGUAUGUUAAUCCGAUGAUAAUACUUUGAUGGCCUGUUUGUAGGAAUUUUGUCAUAGACCGUCUGAUUCCACAUUCCAGUGCAUGUUCAGAUGUUCAACUUUGGAGCAAUGCUCUUAACUUUGUUGGGUCCAAUAUAUUGAGGUUUCUGUAGGUAGGCCCGAGGACUGGACCAUCUUUGAGAGGGGAUUUUCUGAACCUAGGUUCCUAGAUUGAGUUAAUUGGAUAGGGUUAUUAGGCAUCAGAGAAGCAUGUCUCGGAAAGUCGGAAACUUGCUUGACGCAUAUUCGUAAAACACAUCAACGGCUAACAAUUGUUGGUCGAGGUGCACUUAUUCCACAUUUCCACUCGCUCCGUCGCUCGGUGCCUGCUCUUCGCCAGCGACAGCGCCUGAGCGCCGUCGCCGCGAAAACCCCCCGCCUCCAGUCCUCCUCCAGUCCGUCGGUCCGUCCUCCUUCCUCUUACAGUCUUACGGAGGAACUCUACUCUUCUCCCAUAGGCGUCACCCGCCUCCUCCCCGUCCCCUCUGCUGUACUGGUGUGGAGUCAUGGAGUGAGACUACAUCCAAGACGCAGUCCGUAGCUUGCUUGUUUGGGUUGGGUCUCGACUCGAGGCAGCCUCUGCUGCCCGUCCGCAUCUUCUUCUGGCUCUUCUUGCUCGGGGGCGCCGUCCUCCUCUGCUUCCUCUGAUCCUUCGUUGUGAGAGGAACUCUGGAACUUUCUUUGUGAGUUGAGGUUUUGUAAUCUUGAAUGGAGUAUUCAUCAAGUGAAGACGAUGGACUUGUUGAAGAUUUCAUGGAUGUUGUUAAGGAUGAUACAGGCCAAUGUUGAUCAAGGAACUUGUGUGGUGACUUCCCAGACUCUUUGUGUUGAUCAUUCUGUUGGAAAUGAGUUACUGAUGGUGACUGAUGGGUUGGGCAAAAAUGGUGAACCAUGCAUCAGUAUGGAAUUUGAAUCUGAUGCAGCUGCACGUGCGUUCUACAAUGCAUAUGCACUACACCUUGGGUUUGGCAUUCGUGUUGCCCGAUCCCGUAGUGAGCGGAGAAAGGGUGUUGAGGUACUCGUCAUGAAGCGUUUUGUGUGCAUGAAAGAGGGACAUCACAAGAAGAAAGCUGUUGAGUCUAGCAACAAAAAAGAGAGGAAGCGCCUCUCUAUACGUGAUGGCUGCCCAGCGAUGAUGGAGGUGGUGAGGAGGGGGCCAGAAAAGUGGGUCAUCACGAAGUUGGUGCUGGAGCCCACUCAUGUUGCUUUUAGCCCAGACAAGGUACGGGAGGUCCAGCUCAAUCGCCUCUCUGGAAAGGAGCAUGACAACCAAUUGCUGGUGGUGCAGAGGAAUGUGUUUGGAGACACAGAUGCAUAUGGCCUCUUCAGCUACUUAAUGAGAAAGCAGUCGGAGAACUCUGGUUUUUUCUACAACAUACAAGUCGAUAGUACAAACUGUUUGAGAAAUGCAGUUUGGGUUCAUACAAGAUCUAAGAUGGCAUAUACAUACUUCGGAGAUGUUGUUUACUUCGACACUACUUAUAGUGAAUAUGAGAAUAUGUUGCCCUUUGCAGCUUUCACAUGCGUGAAUCAACAUGGUGAUAGUGUUGUUUUUGGUUGCGCAAUGAUUUUGGAUAGGAUGGAAUCUUCAUAUGCUUGGAUUUUUGACAGAGGCAGUUGCCAAAGUUUUUCCUCGAUGCUUCCAUCGUUUUUGUAGAUGCAGAAUUCUUUCUAGAUGCAAGAAGAAACUGUCUGAUACCUAUAUGAGAUUUCCUGGGCUCCAUGAGGAGUUAAAAACAUGCAUCAACGAGUGUGAUGCCAUGCCUGUUUUUGACAUGUUCUGGGAUUCUAUUCUCGACAAGUAUGGCCUGAGGGAGAACACUUAGUUGCAGUAUCUAUUUGAAGCAAGACAUAAAUGGGUUCCUGCAUACCUGACAAGCUCCUUCUUUGCAGAGUUGUGCAUACCUGCACAUAGAGCUGAAACCAUCAGUACGUUUUAUAGGAAUAACUUCACUACAAAAGCUCCCCUCCUUGCUUUGAUCACUAGAUUUGAUCAACAUGUGGACAGAUCGUAUACAAAUGAAGCACAGAAAGAUCUUGCUUUGUUUCAUCCUGAACAACUUCUGAAAACCAAUUCAAUCUUGGAAAAACAAGCGGGGAUCAUCUACAGGGCUGCAUUUGAAAUGUUCCAGAUGGAGUUGAUUGAAGCGCUACAUCAGUAUGCUGUUAAGGUUCAGGAUGGCUCUUACACCAAGUACUAUGUCGAAAGAGAUGGUGAUCCUCGUACCAGGCACACCGUUGUAUACAAUAUCGCUGAGAACAAGGCUUGGUGUGACUGCUGCAGGUUUUCAUUCUCAGGGGUACCAUGCAGACAUGUGCUGGCAGUUUUCAUCUCGGCUGAUGUUGCCAUGCUUCCAGAGCCAUGCAUCACGAAGCGAUGGACGAAAAAGGCGAAGACAGGGCGUAGUCUGUGGGGAGUAGUCUCGAAGAUGAAAUCUGCCACGCAGAUUCUGCGACUUUGAGAUUCAUUGAAAUCUGCCACGCAGAUUCUGUCUCGAAGAUGAAGUGCGCAGAGAAGGGAGCUGUAUCAACAGGUUCCUUCAGAGUCGCGAAGGAAGUUCUGCGCAAAGCCUUUGGGAAAAUUGGGAAACUGACUAGAGGUGGUCCCCAGCAAGUUGUCAGCAGCAGAUAACAUCAGUGGUCAUCUUGCAACUACUCCUUGGAUGGAUUAUCUUGCUCUUGUUUCUGCAAGAAACCAAGUUCAGAACUCAGUUUUGUAUGGGUGGUCAGUGCUUUUCUGUUCAGAAAGUUUAGAGAAGAACACUUAAGAUCAAUAAAGGUUUUAAAUUUCUAAAUACAUCUGAUUUCUUCAUGUUUUAUGCCUUGUCAGUUUUGUGGGAUGCUCAUGAAUCAGGCAGGUUAGAAUGUUGAAACUGUUUGCUGAAUCCUAUGUAUGCUCAUAAUGCACUAACUAUUUGAUCUGGUACUUAGAAGCCCUA